AAUGGGGUCAGUUACAGCAGCAAGCAUUACCGCAUCUUCUCUUUCUGCCUACGGGGGGAGGGGUUUUGAGGGAAAAGGGGACAUGAGGGGGGGGGUUGUAUUUUUGUAAACCAUGUGUUCUCUCGCGUGCCUGACAGUGAUAGAAUAGAAAGGUCCUGGAGUGGGACGGGUGUCCUUUUUGCAGACAAAAGCAAGCGAGGCAGACUCCACAAAGAGGGAGGACGAACGCGGGUCGAACAACAUGAAUCUAAAGACAGGAAACUCCUCAAAUGGCUUCACACCAGAGAUCAGUUUGGAUAAACUACACCGGAUGGCUGCAGAGCUGAUACUGCCCGGACGAUCCAUCUUGAGGCUCCUGAACACUGUUCUGGAGUUUGUUACAAACUUUCUGGCCCGAGUUUUAGGAAGCAGCCUGAUCAGAAGACACUUCCACCUGCUGCUGUCUGGGUUGGUCCUCUUUGGGCCUGUGCUCAGCUUCUGGGUAUCAAAGUACAGCAUCUUUGCAAACAGCAACCACUACCUGUACAGGAAGUUCCUGAGGUCCACUUGGGGUUGGACCUGCAUCUUUACGGGCUCUUUCAUCACCCUUCUCUCCCUCUCAGCCCGUCACUCCCCCUCUCUUUCCCUCCGCCACCUCUCUCGAGUAGGCCUCGCAGGUUUGCUCUGGUGGGGUUGUCGGCGCCUCCUGACCCUGUUGGAGGAUGCAGCGGGGACCUGUUACGAGCCCAUGACCCCAGGCCAGGACGGCCAGAGCCUGGCCUCCCCAGUACAGCCUCUGCUGCUCCUCCAUGAAGACCAGAACAAGGCCUCCUGCCUGAAAGCCCACAUGCUGUGGCGAGGGUACGAAGUCUCCCAGGACGUCCUCAUCCUCUGCUUCUGCUGUCUGCUGCUUGUCGAGGAAAUGUGCGUCUUUGGUCAUCACUUGGAGCGACAGAAGCCUCUGCAGAGGUCACCCGGGACCCCGCUGAGAAUCAUUUUCCUCCUGUGUGUUCUUCUCCUCCUUGUUUGGAUGUUUCUGCUACUGUGUUUGCUUGCAUACUUCCCAAAGUUUCCCUCCCAGCAGCUAGGUGGAGCUCUGGGCUACCUGGGGUGGAGAGGACUCUAUCAGGGAUUGUACAGACUCGGAUCGAGAUGGGGUUGUCCUGGUUUGCCCAGAGAGGGACUUUCUACCACGGUGCACACCAACAAACAGCCUUAGUAGUAUGACACGCUUAAUGAAAAUGGUGAGAUUUUGGCACUGAAAUGUCCUUCAAAGCUCAGGAACGAACUGCCAAACCCUCUUUCCAGACUGCAUGCUGUAAAUGUGACAUCACGUUAAUAGUUUGCUUUCUUUAGAGGUCAAAAUUAGUCCAUAAACAAGCUUAGAAAUCUCAUUCAGACAAAGUAAGUGAGAAAAACUGCUGCUUUAUUGUGUAAUAUGAACCAAAAUGCAGGCACAGUUAGAAAAAGAUUUCUGAGAGCAGGUGUAUCAUUACUUGAUGAAGAGUGUCAUUCUACACUGGUUGUUGCUUAUUAAAAAAAAA